AUGCCUCCAGCGUUGUUUCAAGCAACGGCCAGGAGCUUGUUUUCAAAACUGAAGAUGUAUACCUCAGAUACCGGGGGUGGGAGUACUGCGUCGAUGCAGGGCAGGAAUAGAAGAUCCUCUGGGCGCCAUCUUGCCUCCAUGUCCAUGGGAUCAAGUAGAGUCCGGGACCUAGAGGGAAGUCUGUUUGAUGACCAAAGCAAAGAUGAAGAUGAUAGAGCGCAAUACCGCGGAGUUCCCGCGUCUCAACUCUCUUGGCACAUGCAGAAGAAAAUCUUAUCAAAGAAGCUCUUCUCCGGUGUAGAGGGCUCCUCAGCUCUCGUCAGCUCUCACUUUGGUGACUCCACUACUCUUUAUAACAAGGCGUCGUCAUUGGGAGGUAGAUUAUUAUAUCUGAUGGCUGCGUGUCGCAAGCCUUUGGAGUCUGUCAGUGUAGAUGACAUGUACCAAGUGUUUGGGGCGGACGCUGAGAACGUAAGCCCGGUAUAUUUCGAUAUUCUGGAGUUUGUAGGUCUCUGUUUGGAUUCUCGGAGAUUGCGGAGUCGUUCUGUCACCUUUGAUGAGUCCAUUUUCUCUCCUGACAUGCCUUUACUGUACGUCACUCGAAAGUUUGAGCAGGUAAUUUUGAAGUAUGUGCCGGUGGAUUCACCCUUGUUUGAAAGGAUUGAUGGCAUGCAGGAUCAGUGCGAGGGUAGAGUAAGGUAUGACAGGCACUACUGGGAUGCCUAUCCUGCUAUCUCCUACGUUAGCCAGCUGAUUAUGUAUACGCUCCUAGAUACUGCGAUACGGGAACGAGAUUUAGAAGAGAUUGAUUCAGCAACCCUGUACGGGAGUGGAGUCAUGACAGACAAUAGCGAGCCCCUUUAUCCCAUGGUUUAUGUUCUGUUCCGCAUGGGCCACUAUGAGUCGCUGACUUUUUUGCUAGAGCGGUACUCCAUUGGAGUCCCGGACAUUGUCAGCUCUGUGUGCUCUACAUUCUGGAAAAUAUAUCAAGGAAACCAGCGCGGGGAUGUAGACGUCGUAGUCCGUGAGACGGCUGCACUAAAGGCACUUCUAAACUCAGGAGGGUAUGCCAGUCUGGUGUCGUCAAGCACAUCUGCAGAAACAGAUCUCUUCUUACUGGACUUUUUGCACUUUUUCAAACCCUAUUCCAUACAGGCUCUUCUAGACAGCCUCCAGCACGUCAGUGUUGAGCCCAGCAAGGGGUUCGAUUGUGUAUUUGAAUUUUCUAACCUGUUUCACCUGUCUCUCAGCAUGUUCCUGUAUACAGAGACGCCCGCAGAGCAUUUAUGUAUUACUAUGGAUGAUGUCAAUUUUCAGAUUACGCAACACAAUAUGUCUCCCAUUCGCUCGCUGAUAUCGUUCCAUAAUGUCUUGACGUACAACUUCUACAACGCAAUAUAUGUCCUGGCUGCCGAGGUUGACCUUCUCCCGGAGGCCGUUGGACUUUACUUCCUGUUGGCUAUUGUAUGCCGUUCAUACCAUCUCAAUGGUGGCAACUUUGACGUUGUUCCUGCCGCUGCUGUCACUGAGAUGAAUACAGGGUGUGUGGUGUCGGACACGUCUUUGAAAGCGUUUGCUGGUGUUAAAGAUGUCUACGACAUGCCGCUUUGUGAGUUUGACGAGGCCUCGAUGGCAUCUUUCGUCAAUCCAGAGCGCCUAGACACAACCACAGCCAUGGGGAUGGGCUCGGUCCUGUUUGCCUUUCUUCUUUGCCACUGCAUACAUUCGAACCACAUGGAGAUGAUAUGGAUCUCUAGAGUUCUUCCUAUAAACGCGCAGCUUAUGCUUCUGGCAACAGUACUCCCAUUUUUACCGCCUAACGAGAGCAUUGUAAGCCAGACAUACUUCUCUCAAGAGAUCUACCCUGUUCUUCGAUCUAGCAUUAAUCUAGACGCUCUCAAAGACACUGUUUUAGUGUCAGAUUUUGUGGGAUACCCCCAUAGACUGCACAGAUUGCUCAUCUUUCUUCUUGGCGGUGCCUACAAGCUAAAGGGAGAAGCAGUCAUAGCCUUUGAGUACUAUAAAACAUCGCUCACACACGGCAAUGGUUUGGAGUUGGCUUUUGAGUGCUCUGCGAUGAUUUUAGAAGCAGGGCCAGUAUCCAAUCACCAGCGUCUGCUUCCCAUGUUAGCGUCUGCGUCUAAGCUGCGAAUCUUGUACCAGAGCAACGAGAAUAUGCGUUCGGUUUCGUUGGAAAGCAUGUUUGGGGACACUUUGAUAUCAGAUGCUAAUAGCAAUGCACAUUCCCGCGGUAAGGCUGCAACCGAAAUGGCUCUUCACACUCUAUCCUCCAGCCUGUAUUAUGGUUACAGGCAUGUGUGGACGAUGCUUGUCCUUGUCGAGGCCAAGGCAACAUUGGAGGACACAGGCAAUAUGGAAGAGGUUGUGCGGUUAUGCAAUAGAGAAAGUGGACUGCAGAAUAUGGUGAUGAGCAAUGCUCCAAUUAACCCUAGACUGGCAGAGAAGGCCACAGUGAUUGCAAACUUUCUUCUGAACACUUACAGUCACUGUCAACUUGGUGGAUAUGCGGGUUUGGCUACAGAGUUGGCAGUAGUCCGCGAGCUGUGCAGGAAGGCACACGUUGAUCAGUACAGUAUGGAUCUUGCCGUGCAAAUGUGUAGAGAUGCAGAUGUAUAG